CCGGGAACGAAAAUCACGAUGAUAACAUUCCUCCUAAACUGAAACAAUUUCCAAAACACUGGAUUGUGACAGAAAACAUGUCCUGAUAUGAUCCCAAAUGGUCCAUUAUACACGUUUAAUUUAUUUGAGGAAGAAGUUAUCGAAGUUGGGAAGAAGAAAAGCAGAAUUUGGCUAAGUCAAAAUCCGUGUUCAGGGUACCUACUUUGGAGGCAUGGUUCUCUCAAUUGGCUUGAUGGAAAUUCAAGGUUAAUGGUUUGUUUUGAAGAUAAAGUUGUCAUAUUUCCAAUGAUAUAUUUUUUGGAUCCAGAAGAUGUCAUUAAUGUUGUUUUCCACGGCCUCAAAGUUGCUACCUCAAAACUGGAAAACUGCCUGAAAAUGACUAAGGCAGAAAACUGUUUUGUGAAGCCUACUUUGGAGCUCAAUUCAAGGAGCAUGGAAGAGAUUCAAGUCAAAAGGCUUCCACAACAUGAAACUAGGUAUGUUUGUGAACAGAACAAAGGGAAGGAAUUGGACGAAGGAUUGGAGUUCUGGAAGGCCUUGAACGAAAGGCGUGAAGUUAGUACGAAAGCUGCUUUUGGACUGUUUACUGGCAGCUUACUUGUGCUUCAAGAAAGGAAGUUUAAACCCGAAUUUUGUGUCCAUUUUAGAUUAGAUUUUUACCUUAAUUGUUUCCUAGUUCUAUUAGGUUUGUAUUAGGUUUAUUUGCCUUUAAAUACCUUCUAGUUUUCGUUGUAAUAGUUAGACUUUGAUUAAUCGAAAAGAAUCCUUUAGGAUUUUUGCAAGUUGCGUACUUGUGAGAGCUUUGGUGGAUUCCAAGCUCGAGUUUAGCUCUGUAUCAAUCAAAACCACAUUCAUCAUGGGAGGGCAAUCUACCUUUAUAUCAUUCGAGCCUUCUUCCACGUGAAAGAUUGCACGUUUGAUCGUUUUAUCCAAACAUCCAAGAACAUCCUUGUUUUAGGUUCGAAUUUCGUUUUAAUCAAUCCAAUCUACCUUUAUAUCAUUCGAGCCUUCUUCCACGUGAAAGAUUGCACGUUUGAUCGUUUUAUCCAAACAUCCAAUAACAUCCUUGUUUUUGGUUCGAAUUUCGUUUUAAUCAAUCCAAUCCUUGGAUUGAUUGUGUUGCUGCGUACUUUGGUAAAAAUACAACCCCCCAAGGUUGCAUUAAGAAGUAUCAGAGCUUGGUUCUACACAAGGGCGAAGAAGUCGAAAACAUGUUGUUUCAUACAAGCAGAAUUCGUCGAGAAACAAGGCAGCCAUGGUGAGUGAAUUAGAACAAGCGAAUUUGACGUCCUAUACUCGCUGUUUGGUGGGCGAGAAGGUGUGCUUUGUGUACGUCAAUAGUGAGAGCCAAUCAAACCUGAUUAGCUCAGGGGCAGUGGCUAAAUUGGGGUUGCUGACUCUAAAACAUCCCGUGCCUCACUCGGUUUUAUUGCUGGAAACAGAAAACUCUGUUUUCGUUACAGAGGAGGUCAUCUUGCCAUUCCGGAUUGGGAGCUACGAAGAUUUCGUUCAGUGCGACGUGGUGCCUUUGUAGAUGACUCAUGUGGUGCUUGGUAGUCCUUGGCAUGUCGAUUGCGGUGCUCGAUGCAGCAGAAGAACGAAUCACAUCAUGUUGAGGCAUUGUGGGAAGCUUUUUGCUCUAAAGCUUCUGUCGCCAGAAGAAGCUGCUGAAAAUCGAUCAACCCUGCUACAAAAGCUCCGUGACGAGGAGGAACAAGCUAAGGAAGUGGAGGAUUCAGCUUGGGAGUCACCGUUGAAGGAGCCGGAGUUUCAGCGCGUUGAAGAAAACCAGCUCGUCGGAGCUGAAGAACUCUGUUUUCCGUCAACAAAGCAGGGCAUGGGAGAGAGAGAAGUGGGUGGAGACUUGGGGACUGAAUCAAUCGAAGCCGACACUGCCAACACACUCGUGGACACCCCAGUAACGAAUACGCUGAGAGCGAUCGCGUCAAAACAAGCUGAAUCGCGGCAUCCGAUUCGGCGUAGAACUCCACUGAAAACGGCAGAACUCGACAUGAAAAUGUUUGAAUGGGAUGGAGAUUCUGAGGUUGAUUCGACACCAAAGGCUGUUGUGGGAUCAUCAAAAACAAUCCCAGGAAGCUAUAGGAUCAUUCAAUUUACCGCGAAGAAUCCUGAAUUGAAAAUGCCCAAUUUGGGAAAUUCAAACCGAAUUGUGAAGAAGUCGAGUCCAAGAAUGGUGAAUCGAAUUUGGAGUUUGAGCGUGAUUCGAGUUAUUCUGACACUUGGGUUAGAUUUCAGGGUUCCCAAGGAUGGUGUAAGGGCAGAGAAACCCGCAAAAAAACUCUGGAAUUAAAAUUUCCCAAUUUCAAUCCUUGGUCGCCGGAAACUGGGUUUGCUUUGCCGAUUUUUGGAUAUUUUGAAAUUCCCCAUGGCUGGAGAUGCGUCAAUGAUGAUUGGGGACGACACAGGCCAAGUCGACGCACAAAAAUUAUGGGGAUCGCUUACUGGAAGCCCUGCGAUGCAGUUAAAGGGCACGAAUUUGAUCAAGAAGGCCCCCAGAAGAAAUCCCCAAUCUGGAAAAUUUUGGCCGGAGUGCUUAAAUGUGAAAAAUCUGAUUCUGUGCCCAGAUUUGGUCAAUUUUUGUGUGGCAGGUGCGUCUGGGAAUACUACCAAGGAGUUGGAACCGAUUGAUGCCAUGUUAGAAGGCGCAAUUUUUGUGGCGCAAAUUGUGUUUGGGCAACCUACUUUCGAUCCGAUUUGGGAUCAAUUCUGUGAACGGUUUGAGCAACGAAAGGCCAAAGUGUUGAGGGCAACACUUUUUCAAGAGGGAGGGCCUAAUAUGAUCUCAAAUGGUCCAUUAUACACGUUUAAUUUACUUGACAAAGAAGCUAUCGAAGUUGGGAAGAAGAAGGGCAGAAUUUGGCCAAGUCAAAAUCCGUGUUCAGGGUACCUACUUUGGAGGCAUGGUUCUCUCAAUUAGCUUAAUGGAAAUUCAAGGUUAAGGGUUUCUUUUGAAGACAAAGUUGUCAUAUUUCCAAUGGUAUGCUUUUUGGAUCCAGAAGAUGUCAUUAAGGUUGUUUUCCAAGGCCUCAAAUUUGCUACCUCAAAACUGGAAACCUGCCAGAAAAUGGCUAAGGCAGAAAACUGUUUUGUGAAGCCUAAUUUGAGCUCAAUUCAAGGAGCAUGGAUGGGACUCAAGUCAAAAGACUUUCACAACAUGAAACUAGGUAUGUUUGUGAACAAAUGGAAGGAAUUGGAUGAAAGAUUGGAGUUCUGGAAGGCCUUGAACGAAAGGCGCGAAGUUAGUGCGAAAGCUGCUUUUGGACUGUUUGUUGCCAGCUUACUUGUGCUUCAAGAAAGAAUGUUUAAACCCGAAUUUUGUUUCAUUUUUAGAUUAGAUUUUUACCUUAAUUGUUUCCUAGUUCUAUUAGGUUUGUAUUAGGUUUAUUUGCCUUUAAAUACCUUCUAGUUUUCAUUGUAAUAGUUAGACUUUGAUUAAUCGAAAAGAAAUCUUUAGAUUUUGUGCAAGUUGAGUACUUGUGAGAGCUUUGGUGGAUUCCGUGCUCGAGUUCAGCUCUGUAUUGAUCAAAACCACAUUGAUCGUGGGCGGGCAUCUACCUUUAUAUCAUUCGAGCCUUCUUCCACGUGAAAGAUAGCACGUUUGAUUCCGUUUUAUCCAAACACCCAAGAACAUCCUUGUUUUUUGUUCGAAUUUCGUUUUAAUCAAUCCAAUACUUGGAUUGAUUGUGUUGCUGCGUACUUUGGUAAAAAUCCAACCCCCCAGGGUUGCAUUAUGUCCAUGUUUGUGAGAAAAAACAUCAGCUGACUGU